AUGCGUUUCUACCUCAUUGCCCUUCUUGCUGGUAUUACUACCUUGGCUUCAGCUGCCAACGAGAAAGCUCCCGGUUUCUGCAACAUAGGUCAAAACGCCUUCUGCACCAACAGUCAGACUCCAGCAUGUCGGAAUGGCAAAGCUGCUACCUUCAAUGCAGAGGCUAAUAGCGCUAACGAGGCUGCCUGCAAAGGAAAGAAGAAUAAUGACAGCUGUACUCAGACUUUUACUUGCCCAUAA